AUGCCCGAAAUGAGCUUGACGACCAAGAGAAAGAGGGAUGCAAAUGUAUCUGAUACGAAAAAGACUAAGAAUCUUUUAAGCGAAAAAGAGCGCCAGGAAUAUGCCACCUCCAAUGAGUGGCCAGUAUAUAAUCAUCCAGAUGGUGGUACAAUCAAGAUAACUCCGUGGGGUUCUUUGAGGCAAUAUCAAGACUCUAAUGGCCAGAAUGUGACCAAAUUUGAAGAUUUGAGUUUUCAAGACUAUUCAUUUGAAGGUUCCAAAUUGAAUAACAUAUAUGAAUUUAUGCCCAACACUCCACAAUCGCUCUGCCAGAAUGGUAGUCCGUCCCCUGACCGAAUAAAACUAAGCCCUGGAGAUGAAGCUGAACACUAUGUGAUCAAUGGAUAUGAGGAGGUUAGUCCAAUAUCAGAAAACAAGGAGGGAUUUAUUAAUCAUGAACCUUACUUCUCUCAAGAGCACGAAAAUUACUUUGGAAUGGAACAGCAAGAUGAUGUUGACUACAAUUGUUUCACCGAUAAUGGUAAUUCCAAUGACGACGAAAAUAUGAUGACGUGA